AAUCAAAGUGCCAAAACAAAUAAAAUUUUUUCACCGGUAACACAGACCAGUUCAAUUCCUAGUCUUCACUGUCACGGCUCAAUACUUUUUCUACACUUCAUCGCUCUCAAAAUGUCCGACGGAGGGUUAACGGUCGUCGACGGUACUCAGCUCCUUCGAUCACUCUCUCUCCCUAUCAAACUGCCGGAAUCCGACGCUGCCGCCUUCACUGGAGCUUACGUCCUCGAUUUCGCUGACUCAAAAGCUUCCUCCUCUCUUUUUGGCCUCUCAUUGCCUCAAAAUCUCAAGUCGUCGGCUCUCAAACGUGCCGCUGUUUCAGAUGAUGAAGCCACGUUUCGAAGCAAGGAACUGGACGGAGAUCGCGCCUCCGAGUUCGCUACAAAUUACCUCACUGCCAUUGCCGAUGAACUAACGGAGGAUCCUCUGGUGGUUUCUGUGUUGGAUGGGAAGACACUGAAGGUGUUUCUGGAUGAUGAAGAUGAUUUCGCUAUGUUAGCUGAGAAUCUGUUCACUGAUUUGGAUACUGAAGAUAAAGGAAAGAUUUUUAAGUCUCAGAUCAGUAAUGCUCUUCUUCAUAUGGGAGUUGAAUUGGGUGUCCCUCCAUUUUCAGAAUUUCCUCUGAUAAGUGGCAUCUUAAAUAAACACGGAGCUGAGGGGGUAGAAGAGUUGGGCCAAGCACAAUUUGCCCAGUUACUCCAGAAUGUUCUACAAGAUGUGGCAGAUGCCUUAGCAGAGAAGCAUAUUGUUGUCAUUCGCAACAUUAAAAUCGUCAAUGGAUCUAAGAUUAGAAUGCUUUUGGCAAACAAGAAGAGACUGACUGCUGCCAUAGACAAGAUACUGCAAGAGAAGAAGAGCACUGAGAAUGAACAAUUGAGCAUAGAUGAAAUCAGGGGUUUCCUUGAGAAAAAUGGGAAAGAGUAUGGCUUGCCACCUAUAGAAGUCAACGAAGCUGUGGCUCUUCUCUAUGAAGCUGUUUUUACAGAUAUAGGGAAGAAUAAAACAGCUGUAAAAAUGGAUGAUGAAUUUAGGAACUUUGUGAAGGACAUCCUGCAGAAAUUUGCAGAGGAGCUCGAAAUCAAUCCUGUUUAUUAUGAUUUUGAAUACUGAGGGAGUGGUUGUCAGAGCCUGACCUCUUUGCGGCAUUUCAAUUUUAAUUCUCAUAUGAAAUUAUGAACCCAUCACAGCAUAAAAGAAACACUUGAGAAGUACAAUUUAGCAUUAGCAUAUACUGAUGCUAUCUCUAUCAUGCAAGUGCAAAUUUGAGGCCUUUGUGUGGUCUGAUAGGUUAUGCAAUUCAUCUGGAAUAAAUUCAGUGGAUCUAUGUUUUAUCA